AUGUCCGCGCUCGUGCUGCCCGCAAAGUGGGCACGGAAAUCCAACGCAGAGGACCUGCGCCAGAUCGUUUGCGACCAUGACUCCUCUGCUGAUGAGGAGAUGGAGAUGGAAAUCGGGGAGGGCGCUUCGGAGACGGCGAGCGACAUUUUCGACACAGAAAUCGAGUACCCUAGCAGUGAUGAUGACGAGCAUGGGGAGGACAUGGAGAUCAUCCACAGUGGUAUCCAAACGGAGAAGGAGGUUCUUGGAGAGGUAAAUCACUACUCGGAUCUGGCAUCCGACGAGGAAGAGGACGCCGGGAUGGAGGAGUCGGACGUGGACGAUGCAUCUUCCGCGUACGACGGCGAUAUCGAAGACAACGACGCGUUGUCUUCAGCCUUUGAGGGCAACGCUGCCAAUGAGAUGCCCCGUCGCGAGUCGCUCCGGUCUCGAACUCCUAUAAACGAACAUGAAGUAGCGCAACCAGGAGUCGCGUCAAUGUCCAUUGAAAAGGGCACAAGAUGA